AUGAAAAAUCAAACCUCAGCCACUGAGUUUAUCCUCCUGGGAGUGACCGAUAUCCAAUGGCUGGAGCCUUUGCUCUUCGUGGUUUUCCUUGUCAUCUACUUUCUUAACUUGACUGGGAAUGGGGCCAUCUUGCUGGUAACCAUCUCUGAUCCUAAACUCCAUUCACCAAUGUAUUUCUUCCUGGGGAACCUCUCCUGUCUGGAUAUCUCCUAUUCCACAGUGACUUUGCCAAAAAUGCUGGAGAACUUCCUCUCUGCACACAAAGCAAUUUCUUUCUUCGGAUGUAUAACUCAACUGCAUUUCUUCCAUUUCUUGGGUAGCACAGAGGCCAUGUUAUUGGCCGUGAUGGCCUUGGACCGCUUCGUGGCUAUCUGCAAACCUCUUCAUUACACUGUCAUCAUGAGUCGUCAACGCUGUACACAGAUGGCUGUCACUCUCUGGACUCUUGGCUUUUUCCACGCCCUGCUGCACGCCAUUAUGACAUCACGUUUGAACUUCUGUGGUUCUAAUCAUAUUCACCAUUUCUAUUGUGACAUUAAGCCAUUGCUGGAUCUGGCCUGUGGGAGCACCGAGCUCAACCAGUGGCUGCUCAAUGUUGUCACAGGGACAAUUGCCAUGGGUUCAUUUUUUCUAACACUUCUCUCCUAUUUCUACAUUAUCACCUAUCUCUUCUACAAGACUCGUUCUUGCAGCGUGCUUCAGAAGGCACUGUCCACUUGUGCAUCACACUUUAUGGUAGUUAUUCUUUUAUAUGCCCCAGUUAUAUUCACUUACACUCGUCCUACAUCAGGAAGCUCCAUGGACCAGGAACGGGUGGUUGCUAUCAUGUACACAGUGGUUACCCCUGUUCUAAAUCCACUGAUCUAUACUUUGAGAAACAAGGAGGUAAAAGAGGCAUUGAGUAGGAUAAUCAGGAAAAAAACUCUGACUUGA